AAAUUGGAUUAGCAGCUGACUGCGGAAGUCUGAAAAACCAAUUGAAAUUAAAAAUUUGAAUUAUGGGCUUGGAAAAACAUUAUCUGCGAUAUGGCCGCACGGCGAGAGAUCAUCUAUUUGAUUGGGUUAGCUGUGGGCGUGGUCGUCGACAGCAACAGCAGCAGCUGCAGCAACAACAGCAACAACCACAACAGUCACAGGGCUCAACUGCCAGAGGGCGUGGCACACGCCCACAUGUAACACACAGAGGAACGCCACUGUCCAUGUUAAUAUCGCAUGGCGUUAAGUUAAGCAAUAAUAGACUAGCUGUGAUAAUUAUUGGUAUAGUUACCUUAAUCUUAGGCAUAGUUUUAACAACCAUACCAUGGCUGGACUAUUUUAUACUAAAGAACUUAAGGCUGUGGAAUGAUACUUUAAGCUAUCAUUAUUGGCAAAGACCUGGCGUCAUACGUCUGACCAAGGUCUAUAUCUAUAAUGUCACCAAUCCCGAGGGUUUCCUCAGUGGCGAGAAGCCCAAGCUGCUGGAAGUGGGACCUUUUGUUUAUAGAGAGGACAUGGAGAAGGUGAAUGUGAAGUUCCAUGAGAAUAACUAUACGGUGUCAUAUCAGCAUAAGAAGAUUUUACAAUUUGUUCCUGAACUGAGUAUAGAUAAGAACACGCCCAUUGUGACGCCCAACAUACCCAUGCUGACACUUACCAGUCUCAGUCCCAAGCUGGGCUAUCUGCUCUCACGCACAAUUUCGCUUGUGCUGACGGCGGCCAAGUUCAAGCCUUUUAUUAAUGUCACGGCGGAUGAGCUGGUGUUUGGCUAUGAUGAUGCGCUGGUGAGUCUGGCGCAUAGAUUUUAUCCGAAGCAUAUGCGGCCCAUGGAGAAGAUGGGCUUGCUGCUGGCGCGCAAUGGCACGUUGACCGAAGUGUCCAGCAUAAAGACGGGCUACCAGGGCAUGGAGCAGUUCGGCUAUAUAGAUGCACUCAAUGGCUUGAAUCAUCUGCCACACUGGCAGGAGGAGCCCUGCACUAGCAUUGCCGGCUCUGAGGGCAGCUUCUUUCCGCCACGCGACAUUACCAAGUCCGAUACGGUGCACAUAUACGACAAGGACUUGUGUCGCAUCAUACCGCUGAAGUAUGAGCGCAGCGUGGAGAAGGAUGGCCUCGCUGCCGAUCUGUAUCGCCUGCCCAACAAUUCGUAUGGCGAUGCAGCGCAGAAUCCGGAGAACAGCUGCUACGAUACGGCGGACUAUGAAGCGGUGCGUGGUCUGCAAAAUAUCAGUCCCUGCCAAUACGGCGCUCCCGUCUACAUAUCCAAUCCACAUUUCUAUGAUGCACAUCCCGAGCUGCUCGAUGCCGUGGAGGGGCUUAAGCCGGAGCGCGCAAAGCAUGAAACCUACUUCAAAAUACAACCGAAACUUGGAGUACCGCUGGAGGGCAAGGUGCGCAUACAGCUGAACCUGAAGGUGACACGUGCCAAGGACGUUUAUCCGGUGCGUGACUUUCGUGACUUUGUGUUUCCGGUCAUGUGGCUCGAGGAGGGCAUCUCGGAGUUGACGCCGGCAAUUAAACGCUGGCUGUACCUGGCCACUGUCGUAGCGCCAUAUGCCGUGCCCAUUGGCUCGUAUCUGAUGAUCGUGGGCGGAGCCGCGGCCAUAAUCUUUAGCUUUGUGCGUGCCUAUCAAAACUUUGUCUUUGCACGCGAUCCCUCGCUGGAGAUACUGGAGAUGGGGCGCCGCUCGCUGCGACGUGGCAGCAGCUUUAUCGCACAUCAGCAGCACAAGCUGAUACAGCAUCAUCGUGACAGUUAUGCGCUGUUGCGUGCCUCCUGCCACAUGCCACAUGCCAUGGCUGCCUGCCUAGAUCCAGAACGGGAUGCGGACGAUGUGCAGCCAAUAAUAGAUGACAACAGUCAAGCAGCCUAAGCAGCGCUUACUUUAAGUUAUGUAUGUGUGUGUGUCUGAUUGUAUGUGUGUGUGUCUGUGUAUGUGUGUGUUUGUUUUAGUUGUAGUCAUGUGCUGGCCAAAAUCGCGCUUGUCUAGCGAUAUUUACAGGGUUCGUUCUUCAUUCACUUUCAUUUCACUUGCAACCAAAUACCAAAUCGGGUUUGCUAGUUAUAUACUCCCUACACAUAUAGACUAUAGUUUAAAUAUAUACUCUAAGUGCAUGUACAUUUGUUUUAAAGCUACAAAUAAUUCACUAGUCAUUUUUACGAAAUGUGUGAACAAUUGCGAGCUCGUUGCUAGUUCUUAGUUAGGCAACGAAAUUAAUAAAUUUAGUUACUUAUUUUAAUUCU